UUUUUUUCUGGGGUUGAUCGGAGGUGGGAUAGAGGGUGAAUGUGGGAAACAAACCUGUUUGGAGGCAUACAAGGAACUGACGGAGUUCCAGAUGUUAGUCACCUCUGGUCAAUGUAAUCUAAAGCUGGACAGCUAUGGAGAAGAGUGAAAAGGGGGGUACACAUGUUUAGAGAAUGGAGAGAAAAGGGAGAGGGUGGGGCUCCUCUUCUAACACCCUGUUCCCCAGUGAAGCUGGGUUCCCCAAGGUCUGAGAGAACUGUGUACAGUGCUGGCCUCUGGAAGGUUGCCAGGGAAACCGCUGCCCAGCUCCAGAGAUGUGGCCUCCGUUGCUCUGUAGUUGGGGAUGGGUGUGGGGGUGGGGAGAAUAUAUGCCUGGCUCCUCCUCUCGGCGCCACCCCCUCGCAAGGACCUUCUCUCCUAUGCAUGGUCAUUUGAAAAAGUUCGGGGCUAAGAACUCAUCUCUCUCUCUCUCUCUCUUUUUUUUUUUUUUUUUCUUCACUCCCCCCACCCCGACCCCGGUCCUACAGAGUCAUCCAGUUCAUUCUCCUUUAGCUCCCACCGAUGGGGUCCCUUUAUUUCAGAAAGCUCUCCGAGGAAGAAAACGCCUUCCCUCCCUCUCUGCCUCUCCGUGACCCCCUCACUCCUUCCUCCAGUUUCGGCGUCUUCUACCCGUAGCUGUAAUUCAGUCUGACUGGCAGCGAGGACAACUGUCCACGCAGGCUCUCCGCUCCGAGUGGGAAGCCGCCAAGAAGGCCUCGUUCGGAGCCCUGGGAGGGUCACCCUGGGGAGCAAAGCCCGGAUAAUUAUUGAUCAGCAGGUGGUGAACAAUGGCUGUGUGGAUCCAAGCACAGCAACUCCAAGGAGAUGCCCUCCACCAGAUGCAAGCGUUAUAUGGCCAACACUUCCCCAUUGAGGUGCGCCAUUAUUUAUCCCAGUGGAUUGAGAGCCAAGCUUGGGACUCAAUAGAUCUUGAUAAUCCACAGGAGAACAUUAAAGCUACUCAGCUCCUGGAGGGUCUGAUCCAGGAGCUGCAGAAGAAGGCUGAGCACCAAGUGGGGGAAGAUGGGUUUUUACUGAAGAUCAAGCUAGGCCAUUAUGCAACUCAACUUCAGAGCACAUAUGACCGCUGCCCCAUGGAGUUGGUCCGAUGCAUCCGCCACAUAUUAUAUAAUGAACAGAGGCUGGUCCGAGAAGCUACCAAUUGUAGUUCUCCAGCUGGGAACCUGGCUGAUGCUAUGUCCCAGAAACACCUGCAGAUCAACCAGACCUUUGAGGAGCUGCGACUGGUCACUCAGGACACAGAGAAUGAGCUGAAGAAGCUACAGCAGACUCAGGAGUAUUUCAUCAUCCAGUACCAGGAGAGUCUCAGAAACCAGGCUCAGUUUUCCCAGCUGUCACAGUUGAGUCCCCAGGAACGCUUGACAAGGGAAACAGCACUUCAACAGAAGCAGGUGUCCCUGGAGGCCUGGCUGCAGCGUGAGGCCCAGACUCUCCAGCAGUACCGAGUGGAGCUGGCAGAGAAACACCAGAAGACCCUUCAGCUGCUCAGGAAGCAGCAAACCAUCAUUCUGGAUGAUGAGCUGAUCCAGUGGAAGAGGCGGCAGCAGCUGGCAGGGAAUGGAGGGCCCCCAGAGGGCAGCCUGGAUGUCCUGCAGUCUUGGUGUGAGAAGUUGGCAGAGAUCAUCUGGCAGAAUCGGCAGCAGAUCAGGCGGGCAGAGCAUCUCUGCCAGCAGUUACCCAUUCCUGGACCUGUAGAGGAGAUACUGACUGAGCUCAAUGCCACCAUCACAGAUAUCAUCUCCGCACUGGUGACCAGCACCUUCAUCAUUGAGAAGCAGCCCCCUCAGGUCCUGAAGACGCAGACCAAGUUUGCAGCUACAGUGCGUCUCCUGGUGGGUGGGAAGUUGAAUGUGCACAUGAACCCCCCUCAAGUGAAGGCCACCAUCAUCAGUGAGCAGCAGGCCAAGUCUUUACUGAAGAAUGAGAACACUCGAAAUGAUUACAGUGGGGAGAUCUUGAACAAUUGCUGUGUGAUGGAGUAUCACCAGGCAACAGGCACCCUCAGUGCACACUUCAGGAAUAUGUCCCUAAAACGUAUUAAAAGGUCUGACCGUCGUGGUGCAGAAUCAGUAACAGAAGAGAAAUUUACAAUCCUGUUUGAGUCGCAGUUCAGUGUUGGUGGAAAUGAGCUGGUUUUUCAGGUCAAGACCCUCUCCCUCCCUGUAGUCGUGAUUGUUCAUGGUAGCCAAGACAACAAUGCUACAGCUACUGUUCUCUGGGACAAUGCUUUUGCAGAACCUGGCCGGGUGCCAUUUGCUGUACCUGACAAAGUAUUGUGGCCCCAGCUGUGUGAGGCUCUCAACAUGAAGUUCAAGGCAGAAGUCCAAAGCAACCGAGGCCUGACAAAGGAGAACUUGGUGUUCUUGGCUCAAAAACUGUUCAACAGCAGCAGCAACAACAUGGAAGACUACAACAACAUGGCCAUCUCUUGGUCCCAGUUCAACAGGGAGAACUUACCUGGACGGAAUUACACUUUCUGGCAAUGGUUUGAUGGGGUGAUGGAAGUGUUAAAAAAACAUCUCAAGCCUCAUUGGAAUGAUGGGGCCAUCUUGGGUUUUGUGAACAAGCAACAGGCCCAUGACCUGCUUAUCAACAAACCUGAUGGGACUUUUCUGCUUCGAUUUAGUGACUCUGAAAUUGGGGGCAUUACCAUUGCCUGGAAGUUUGACUCUCAGGAAAGGAUGUUUUGGAAUCUGAUGCCUUUCACCACCAGAGACUUCUCUAUCCGGUCCCUGGCUGACCGCCUGGGAGAUCUGAAUUAUCUUAUCUACGUGUUCCCUGAUCGGCCAAAAGAUGAAGUAUACUCCAAGUAUUACACACCAGUUAUGUGCGAGUCUGCCACUGCUAAAGCUGUGGAUGGAUAUGUGAAACCACAGAUCAAGCAGGUGGUCCCAGAGUUUGCUGGUGCAUCUGCAGAUUCUUCGGGGGGCACUGCCACAUACAUGGAUCAGGCCCCAUCCCCAGCCGUGUGCUCCCAGUCUCAUUAUAAUAUGUAUCCACAGAACCCUGACUCUGUCCUUGACCCAGAUGCGGAUUUUGACCUGGAUGACACUAUGGAUGUAGCAAGACAUGUUGAAGAACUCUUACGCCGACCAAUGGACAGUCAGUGGAUCCCUCAUGCCCAGUCGUGACCCCUGACCCCUCCACCACCUAGCUCUUCAUCCCCUGCCGGAGGAUCGCUCUUGUGGAUGUUUAAUUCCAUGAAUCGCUUCUCUUUGGAAAUAAUACUCAUAAUGUGAAGUGUUAA